AAGAAGCAGCAGCGAGCCUACCUUCGUCGUCGUCUUCUUCAUUCCUUAGCACGAUUCGCACCCUGCAAAUGCAAGCCAAUACCAACUUGCACCUCGCAGCGGUAGGAUAGCACACAAAAGUUGCCCAAAAACCAUUGUCCACUUGAUACUGUUGCUCAAUUCAGGCCCACCUGUCAUACGGUGACCAUCACGCCAUAGGACCAGAGAGAGACCAUCAGCAGCAGCAACAUUCAACUCCCUGAUACUACACCUCCUUGACCUGUCCACCUUUCUAGCAGUGCAAUACCGCAUCAUCUCGUCAAAAAGAAGUUGCUAUAUCUGGGCACUCUCAAUUUUUGUGACAAUUUAUUUUGGGGUCGGACAAUUUGAGACGACGCCGACGAACGGAGAAUUUGAGACAGUUUUGAGUUUUUAUCUUGUGAUUAUGAUCACCUCGCCAGGAGGAUGAGACUCUUUUCCCGAGUUAAGUGAUUAUCAAACGUCGGGACGAUAUUAUAGUGUGGAUAUUUUUUUUUGGCGUGUUCAGUUCCUUAUUAGAGGACCACGACUCAAGGGAAGAGUCGGAACGCGAAGACUACUUCCGACUUCAAAAAGGGAGAUUUUUAACUGAACUGGAGGAAAUCAAACGAGCGACAAAAUCAUGAAGAACUUAUUAUUAUCAAGGGUGGAUUCUCAUUCGAUGCAUAUUUUAAUUUUCUUGAUACCGUUUCUAUUGUUGGACCGGACUCUGGGUGCACCAGCCGUAGAAGGGGACGAUGUGGACGGGGGAGGAUGCUACUACAUGUUCAACCAUUACGGCGAAGGAGAUCGAAUCUUCACAAAUGAGCCUUGUCUCAAUUGUACGUGUCACAAUUCCAUGUUGAUGUGCUACCUGCGGGUGUGCCCAUUCACGAAACCGAUAGGUCAAGAUUGCACCAUUGAGAAGAAGCCGGAUCAAUGCUGUCCAGUCAUCAGUUGUCCAGAAGUACCUGUAUCAUUGGUCACGCCGAGUACCUUGACCACAACCACGGUGUCUACCACUAGUCUCGCCACUGUGUCCGAAUCCACUGAGCUAGCCCAUUACGAGCGUGGGUGCAAUAUUGAGGACAAAUUCUAUCCGGACGGGGCACAAGUGGAAGGUGAUCCUACCAAGCCUUGCGAACUCUGCUACUGCAUCCGGAACAAGACGGCGUGUGUGAUGCAAGAAUGUAUUUUGCACGUGGAGGGAUGUCAACCCGUCUUCCAACCCGGGGUCUGUUGUCCAGUCAGGUAUCAAUGUGACUACCCGCUCGGACUUCCGGAUGAAACUACGACCUCAGUCACCGGACUUAUCACAACCACGCUCAAGUCAAUCUUUACCUCGACCCCAGUCCCGGGAGGGUGCAUUCGUGAAGGAGAGUACUACACGGACGGGUCACAAAUCCCUGGAGCUACGGGACCAUGUGAACAUUGUUACUGUAUGAGAGGAGAAAUUGUUUGUGCCGUACAAGAAUGUGGAGCACCAUUGGAGAAUGAAGGUGGAAACUGUACCGCGAUUGCCCCACCACCAGGAAUGUGUUGUCCUGAAAAGUAUUCUUGCGACGGAGAUAAGGAACCCGAGGAUGAAUCUUCCGGCACCACAGUUUCAUCUCAACAAGACGAAACUGCUGGUGAAGUAACUCAACCCAGUGCCAUUUCUGAACCUCAUCCAUCCUCUACCACCCAAGAACCCGGAGGAGUGGACUCUGAUGCCACCACAGUUCAAAGUACAAGUGACGAAAAUGAAAUUUCUCAGAAACUCGGAACCUCUCCAUCAACACAGCAAGUUGAUCAGGCCACCACGAUUUCUCCAGCCGUGUCUGAUGACCAAGAUGUUGCGGCCGUGUCUUCUACGGAAGUGGCCCCCAAACCAUCGCAAGAGCCAGGAGUGGACUCAACUGUAUCGUCAUUACCGGACGUAGAAUCUUCACCUGUCCCCACUGAACAACCAUCUCUGCAAGAUGAACCUGCCACUAGCGAUGUGCCCACCACACAGGGUUCCGUAGAUGUCACUCAACCACCCAAGGAACCCCAAGACAUUGAAGUCCCUUCACAAGGAGCUCCAAUUCCUGACGGAGGUCAAGAACAGGCAACAACAAGUGCACCAUCUGAAAGUGACAUCCCAAUUGUCACUUCAACAAGUGCCCCAGCAGAAGUGGAUUCCUCAAUUGCUGACGACCAGGAUAAGCACGCCGACUCAACCGAAGGUCCACAAUCCGUCCCCACUGAUGUGGAAGCUGGCACCACCACCCGACCAGAAUCAUCGUCAGAGGCUGACAAUUUAUUGACAAGUGCGACUGAAAAUAUUUUAGGAGUUUCUCAACUUCCCUCUCACUCCACGGAACGACCUUCAUCCGAGUCAGAAGGAUCCACGGAAAAAACCGUGAGUGAAAGCACCGAAUCUGCCUCCUCCUCGACCUCCUCAGAAAGACCGGAAGUGACAACGUUGGCUGAAAGUAGCGAAUCUGGAGAGGGUUCUGGCGGAGAUAGCGGUGCAACUGGAGAAGUCGAGAGUAGCACAGAAUCUGGUAAACCAUCAGGAGACGGAGACCAAGCCAUCACGACGGGGGCACCGAUAAUCACACCCACGGAACAGCCAUCUCAAAUCUCUGGGGUGGAUGAACCCUCCAGCGCCGUUUCCAAAGAACCCACGACUGACGCUCCGGUAACUGAAGCUGUCCCCUCCGCAGUUCAUGAUGAGAGUGGAAUUAAGGAUCACGUCGUUGAGACCGGCGAUGAGGAAACCACUGUUAAACCAGACUCACAAACGACGGAAGGCUCGGUUCCAGUAGUAUCAGCAGGCCCAACCACGAAGCCAGAAGGUGAGGUUGAUAAGGUAGACGAAGAGACUAGAACAACAACAAAACCAGACGCAGCAGUUGGAUCACAAGAGACGAUCGAUACCAGUGAUAAGGAAGAACCAAUUAGAACCACGGUUAGUCCCGCUUCUCAAGAAGACUCCGAGAAACAACAAGUCUCAUCGUCAACCACCAAGGGUCCAGAAGUUGCUGGUGAAAGUAGCCCCACCACCUCCAGCCCAUUGUCCGACGAUACGGAGGAGGAGAGCAAGGUACCAGAAGAUGAGACUCCACAGACCACGGUUGCAAGUAUUAUUCCAGCCGAACAAGCUGAAAGUUCGCCAUCUCCAGUGGCUCCAGUCUCAGACACGUCUUCUGAAACGCCCACCACCACACGUCCAGUCAGCGGUGGCGAUGAUGACACCUCCGUCGCUGGCACCACCGUAGCUCCGGAUGCAGAAGCUGUUGCCGGCGUUACACAGACCGUCCCACUUGUUCCCGAGAAAGUCGAAGCUGAUGGCGAAGAGGUUGGUGGCGUAUCACCUUCUUCUUCCACAAGCGCACCCGAAUCUGUCACGGAAGUUGCUGCGGACGAGGAUCAGAAGUCAACCUCAGCUUCACCAAGUUUGGGAGAAGUUGUUGGAGAAAUGCACGUAAGCAGUACACCAGACCCAGCAGAGUCGCUUUCAAUGCACUCUUCCACCACUACGACCACGGUGUCCCCACUUCCUGAGGGUUCAGAGGCUGACAAUGAAAUUGGAGAUGCUCAAGAUAAAAUCUCGGCCGAUGAAGGAUCUGCUUCCUCCACGCCAGAAACUGAUACUUCUUCCUCCUCGUCAGCCCACCCCACAACUGAAUCAUCGAGUGGUCUCCCCACCAGCACGCAAGAAUCCGUCACAGUGCAGCCUCCAGUAGUAGGAGAAAGUGGAGAAAAGGAUGUCGAAAAGGAAGCUCAAGCUGUAGAGAAAGUUACGGAACAGCCCGUCGCAGUUGCCGCGCCAGGAGAUCACAUUAGCGCUGAUGAGCCAGAAGCGACCACGGAUGCACCAUCGGGAACAACUUCGUCUCCUCAAUCGGUUGUCCCAGAAGACAGCGUCGCCCCCACAGAAACUGCUCCAACGGAUGCCGUAUCUGAAGGAGAAAAAGUAACUGAAAUUCCUGUCGCAGGAGUGACGGACGGACCUAUCUCGGUGUCAAGUGAAGCACCAACCGGUACUGAAAUCCCAUCAGAAAGUUCAUCUGCCUCACCAACUGAAACUCCUGAUACGGUCGGAGGCGAAGCCCCAUCAGCAACAGAAGGUCCAUCUGCACCAUCAACUGAAGGACCUGUUGGUGUGCAAACUGAAAUUCCAUCCGCUGGAUCUAGUGAAACUCCAUCCGAUGGACCCACUGAGAUCCCAUCCGCUGGAUCUACUGAAACCCCAUCCGCUGGACCCACUGAAAUUCCAUCCGCUGGACCCACUGAAAUUCCAUCCGCUGGACCCACUGAAAUUCCAUCCGCUGGACCCACUGAAAUUCCAACCGCUGGAUCUAGUGAAGCUCCAUCCGAUGGACCCACUGAAAUCCCAUCCGCUGGACCUACUGAAAUUCCCUCUUCUGUUUCUGACUCAAGCACUGUUAUUCCGCCCUCAUCCUCCUCGUCUGAACCCUCCGGAACUGAAUCUCCAAUAGGCGAGGACGCUGCUGUCAUUCCCACCGACAGUCCUACUCACCCUGCUUCGGAUGAAGGGGAAACCGGUUCGGAUGAUGGCACUGUGACGACCACCACUGCCGCUCCCUCCGUUCCAGCUGAAGGCGUUAGUACAGAUGUCAAAAUUCCUGCCGUAGUAGAAGAAGUAGACAGAACAACGGUACCAACAAUUGUUGACGAACAGCAGCCAACCACCACAAGUCCGGAAGUUGUUAAACCUGACGAUGAAUCCCCAGCAGUGACCACGGAAUCUCCAGUUGUACCUCAACAACCUUCCGGAGAAGACGACUCUACAUCAAAACCUGUCUCAGAUGAGACGGUCACUCAUGCUCCUCUUGCUGCAGUGGAAGAGAUCCCAACAACACAAAAAGUCGACACUGUCAGUGACGAAUCUUCCCCCACCACACCACAACCAUCCUCAGUUUCCGACCAACCAGAAAUCUCUCCCACUCCAGCGCAACCUUCUCAACAGGAAGACGACGACACAACGGUUCCUCCUUCAAGCUCUGUAACUGAAGGUGCUCCCGAAUCUCACGUCGUAAUUGGAAGCACUGAACAACCCGAGUCCAGCACCAGCAUUCCUCCAAUCGUGCCACAGGAACCCACGGACGACGAGAAAGAAGCUGUUCCAGUAUCUGAACAGGAGACUCCAGUCAUAACCACCACGUCCAAAACUACAGAUGAAGAUAAACCACCACAAGAAGGACAGGCUGACCAACAAGGAGGAGAAGAUGACGGAGAAAGUGUGACCACCACUCCAGCAUCAGCACCUUCAUCUGUCGAUUCAUCCUCCCCAUCCGUCGUUGAUGUUGCUGAGGACGAGACUAAAAUAACGGUUGCUCCAGAACCAGCCAUCACCCCGGAAGAACAAGUCACAACCAGCAGACCGGAAAGUUCUUCUGUCUCACAUGACGAUAACGUUGUCCCAACAACCGGUUCACCAAGCGUUGUCGUUGGCGGCGAUACUGACGAAGCUACCACCGUAUCUCCUCCUACCGAUGCCCCCAAGACACCUGCCGUUUCUGGAGUUCUGACCCCAGAUGAAGCUCCAAUGCCCGUACAAGAUCACGAUGAGGCGGUGACCACUCUAUCUCCUCCUUCUUCUCAAGAUAGCGAUGAUGGUACUGCUGCUGUGACGACUGCAUCUCCCAGCGGCCAAAAUGAACCCGCAGCCACUACAACCGCUCCCAUCCAAGAUUCCGAAAUCCAACCAGCCCAAGAUUCUCCCAAGACUCCUGAAGAACCAUCCUCGUCCUCAACAUCCUCACCAGAUUCUGAGAGUCCAACGACGGAAGUUGUUCAGACCACGGUCCGCCCAGAAACCAUUUCAUCAUCCGAUGACAAAGAGGACGAAGUCAAACCACAAGACACGGAACCCCACCAAGUUGACGAUUCCGACUCUCCAACCACCAUUCCAACCGUUUCUUCAUCAUCCGAGGGAGGAGAAAGCGUUACUAGCACGGAGCCUGCCAAAAAAGAUGAGGAUUCCAACGUGACUGGAACCACCCCUUCACCCAUCAGUAGCUCCACCACGACAGAAUCUUCCUCCUCCUCUGAAACUUCUGGUCAAACCACGACAACCUCGAAACCAUCAGUUUCAGACUCUGACCUGGGAGUGACCAUCCAUCCAACCUCAGUUCCUGAAGUAUCGGACAUGAAGGAUGUCGACAUGGAAGAGAAAAUUGGCGGUGGUGGUCAAGACUUGGCGAUUGCCGUACCAACAACCACUUCUGCUCCUUCCUCCUCACACGAAGCUGCCGACGAGGGCGAAGACGGUCCCCAGGUUCCAGGAGAAGGGCACUGCUUCGUCGAGGGCAAAACUUACAAGAACGGCUCCUCCAUCCCACCCACGACUCCGUGCCACAUUGUCUGCGCCUGCCAAAACAGCAUCGUUCACUGUCUCCUCGUCCACUGCAACCCACCUCCAAGUGACACUGGCGACUGCAAACCCAUCUACAGACAGGGCGUGUGCUGUCCAAUGUAUGACUGCGAGGACACUCGAGGCCAACCUGUCACCGUUACACCAGGUCCAGCUUUCGUCAAUGAGACCAAUAUCGUCACCGUGACGCCAGAAACACCCUCCGAAGAGACAAGCGGAGGAGCAUCUGACGAUGUUUCUGAUGACCACACCACCGUCAUCCCUGUCGUAGGAGGAGGCUCAACAUCUGAGGAGACAAGUAGCGAAACCAGUUCCGCCGCCCCCUCGCAAGAGGACAGUCAAGGAGAGAAGACGACCGAUGUCGACGUUGCCAAACCAAUUCAUGACGAGACUGAUGAUUCCACAGAUGACAGUGUGUCCCCACUAAAUUCCACAACAACGGCCCCCUCACAGCCCCACGACGACGUAUCCUCUUCCACCUCACCCGCUUCCAUAGAAUCGACAGAUGGACCCCUUAGCUCCGUGAAUGGAACUGGGGAUGGCGCCACGGCCGUCGACACGUCCUCGUCAGAAGCUCCACUCUCUGAAAUUUCAUCAUCUACAGGAACUCCAGACGUGGACGACAUUUUGGGCGAACAUCACGUCGACGAAGAUGAGCAUAAUGUUACCUCCUCUGCUGAAGAUUCGUCACCCAUCCAGCCGGGAAGCUUGUACCCUGUCACAACAACGACCACAGUGACUCCGUCUACCGCUCCUUGGCCUUAUCCAACCUCCACAACGGCCCCCUCCGUCAUGACUGCGGGAGCUUGUCUCUUCGACAGUCGGGUGUACAUGUCUGCACAACAAAUUCCACGCGAUGAUCCUUGCGACUUCUGCUUCUGCUUCCGCGGGGACAUCAUUUGUCUCCAGCAGAGCUGUCCACCUCCAAUUCCGGGCUGUUAUGAGGAACCAAUCCCUGGAUUCUGUUGUCCUCGGUAUGAGUGCCCUGUUGGGAAUGGGAACGUGACCACGCAGCCCCCCAUUUUCCCACCGUCCUACUACCACAACCAAAUUUUGAAUGGUGUGGGAGCCGGAGGAAGUUCGGGAGGAGGAGGACUUAUCGCCCCCAUCAAUGUGCCUUCCGGUCCGGGAUGCGAGGUUCAAGGGGAGUAUUAUGAAAGUGGCCAAAUAAUCACGUCCACGUCGGGACCAUGUCUUGAGUGCAGAUGUGGAAUGACAGGAAUGAUGGAAUGCGACCCACGCGAAUGCCAACCGGAACCCAUGCUCAGAAAAAUGAUCGCCGCAAUAACAACAACGUCCAGAUGAAACUCUUAGCAUCAUUAUGUUAUCUUCAACUAUAAAAAAUUCAAAUUUCAUAACUUUUACACACACACACUUUGAACAGUGUUUUACAGACUGUGUCAGAAACUAUCGAUCAAUUAUCAAUUACUUAAUUAGUUAGUUAAUUAGUUCAUUAAUUAUUAUCGUGCACACAAACUAUUCACAAUUUCACAAUAUGCCAAUUUUUUUGAAAGUGCACAACUUUUUCAAGACUGUUGUAGUGAUCAAUAAGUAGGAAAGAGAAAGAUGCUGGUUGUGGGUGGGGUUGGACUGGAGAGGGUUAUCAUAAUGUGGUUAAAGUGGGUGGUCCGGGGGGGUUGUCUUAUGGUGCAUCGCUCAACAAACAAACGAAACAAUACUACUAUAAGCUACAUAUGUUCAUUAAAUAACUUUAUGAUUUAUUAUACGUCAUAAUAAUCCACUGCAAACGAGCCUUGCGCAAAACUCUCCAACAAUUACUGCUGCUGCUACUACUACUACUCAACUCUUCUCUACAUUCCUGUCAAAGGGUGCCAUUAUUAAGAAAAAACUGUGUGCUACUGAAUACCUUAUCACUUAGUUAAGUCACCACCUACAUAAAUAAGUAAUGCAUAAGUUAAGUAAGGUUAACCUACCUGUAAGUUGUAAAUAGUUGAGGAAUAUAGUUCGUAAGACGGGGUAUAUUUAUUGUAAUUUUUAGAAAUAGCGGUACAAUAGUUAAUCAUGGAUGGAUUUCUGGUUGUGGGGUCUUCCUCGUGUAGAAUGCGUGAGCAAUUGGAGGUGGUUCUUCAUAUCGGGACAUGGGUAAAAUUUUGGGUGAAUGUGAUAGUCAAUUUAUCCAAUUGACCAUUGUUGUUGUUGGUACUUAUGGAUGAUGAUGUAAUUUGAAUAAUCCAAUUUUUUAGCAAGUAUAUAUAUGAUAAUCAUAUGGAAAAACCUGGUGCCUGAUAAUAAGAGACGAGUAUAUAAACUCUGGUUAAGGUCAGUGCAUGAGUUUUUUUUAAGUUUUACAUUCGCCAUCAUUUUUGCAAACCCAUUUUAUUAAGUGAAACACAACAAUAUGAAAUAAGUCAUCUCACAGCUUAGACGACUUAGUCAGUCUUCAGGUGUGUGAUGAUGAUACGUAUAAAAUAACCAAAAAGUAUUCUGCAUUCGGUCAGAAGACUACGAAUUAGAUCACCAUCCAAAAUAGCUCAUUGUUAAUUUAGAUUAAGUAAUUAGUUAAUGUUUUGUCCAUGUUAUCAUUGUUUUUUGUUUGGUUAUUUUGUUGCAUGGAAGGAAGGAAAAAAAGUGAAUCAGUUGUAAAAGCAAGACUGUAAAUAAGAAUCUGAACAAUAUUUGACAAGACAUUCUAAUAAAUAAUCCGUGUUGACAUUUCUGCAAACGAGAAACACCUCACAGGAUGACGAUGAUGUCGAAAGGAAGAAUUAUGACUAAUAAAUAUGUAAGACGUCGGACAGAGUUUUGGGAUUCCUCACCUGCUCUUUCAUAAUAAGUUUCAUUCUAUUAAUGAGAGUUUGGUUUAUGAAAUCAGUUUACCAGAACGGAAGGGUUGUUGAUCAGUAAAUAAGUAAAGUACAUAUGCACAUCCGUAAGCGCAUAAGUAUUUGCCAGAGAGUUACUCAUAUCCCUUUUACAAUAUUGAGCAAUUGCAUCUUAAUUGUAUUAGAUGGGGCGAACCUUAUUGUCUUGUUAUAUAAUAUUGCAAAAUCCAUCCAAUCCACAUUAUUGUAUUCUUGCAUUAUAUUGUUGAUAAAAAUAAUAAAAACGACGAAUACAUUUUGUAGUUUUUCCAUAUAA